ACAGAGAAGGAAUGUUCUGGGCACACGAUAAGCUACAAACAACAAAUUCCCCUUUAAUGAUUCCAGGAGCACAAUCUCGGCUCAAAGAAACAAUGGCGAGAAUACAUACACAGAUGAGUUUAGAUGUUAAAAAAAUGCAGUAAAUAGCUCAAUCCCCUGAGUAAACCACAAAACGUUUCCCUAAGCACUGUAAUCUUCCAAAAAACAUUUGUGACUUGCGUAGAUAUGCUCAUUGCCGCAUUAGGCAGCAGCCAUUAUUCAUGAAGCCUGAGGCAGCCGUUCACACAUACAAACCGACAAAACUAUGGCAUCUCCUAGCAGCGAGCAAUUGAUGUGACAGCGGCACCUCAGGCCCUAUUUAAAUGAACGAGAGGCAAAUGAGUUGACAAAAUCUACAAUGGGGAUAAAUUAUACGGGCCCUGUGAAGGCUACACAAACCUGAACCUACAUAGAGAUGCUCUGAGCAGCCAGUGUUGUUGUAAUACAUGUAAUUAUAGCAGAAAACAUUUUAAUUAAGAUCAAGUGAUUUGUUCAGUUUGGAAACUUCUGAUAAGAUCAAAGCCAGUACUGACCAAUUAGACUACCUUUGUCUAUGCUGAUGUUGGGGUGCACAGGUAGAAUUGGGAGUAGGCACCUGGUUUAAUCCCCCCCCCAAGUAUUUGCCCAACCUUCAAUGUUGCCCCCAGAGUGGGGAAAGCUACUCUUUUAUUAUUUGAACAAAGAUCCAGUGUUAUUAAUCUCAAUGUUGUAUAUUAAGUUCCCUACCAUUCAAAUCAAAAGCCUCUGCACAUCCCGCCAUUUACUACAUGGCGAUAUUGGUGUUUAUAUUUCUCAUUAGAAACAAUAUUACAUGCCAGUUAAAUUUUGGCACAGAUUUGGAAGAUUCCAGGGAUUUGAUUUCACCCGAUACAGAACUGACAUAAAUUAUUGACAUACAGAACCGCAAAGCAGCUGAAGUUGGACAUGUGGAUCCAAAUAGAGACCCCCAAGCCUAUAGUUCCACGCACAUUAGACAGGCACCUGGUUCUCUAUGGGACAUGAGAGAGACUUGAGGGAAGUGGAGCACAUCCAGCAACAAUGCAAGAGAACUGAAGCAAAGAAUGAGCCCUGGUGACACCUGUGCACCUUGGGCUCUUAGCAACGUCAUCCUUCUCAAGUCGGCUCAGGUGUGAGAGGCACCAGCAGUGGCAGUCAGGAGUGAGAAGCCCCACAGGUACAGCCAUGAGAAGGAACCUCAUUCUUGCCAAGAGGAGCAUGGGCAGCACAGGUACGUGGUUAGGUUGUGUGCGGAGCGAUGAGACGAAGAGAAUCAUGCCCUGUCUGCCCAGCGUGUAUCUCAAGUGCACCUCUAUGGUUAUGGACACGGGAAAUUUCAGGAUCGACUAUUCCUCACCAUACCUGCCCAAUAGACCCCAGAAUUCCUCUAUCAUUCCGCUUUCAAGAGGAGAUUUAGCGUCGAAGUCUGUGUCAAGAACGGGUACCAUCUCCGUUCCAGAGCAUCAGGUUAGUGGACCCAGCUCCAACAGAAUCAGAGACCGUUUCUUAUCUUUAUAUGGGUAGGUGCCACCAUAUUGUGCCCAUUAGAGUUAUGAGAGUACUAAUGGCACCCAUUUGCUCUUGCAAGCAUACCAGGAGAAGCCAUGGCAAGCAGCAUAUUUAUUCCUCCAAACACAAACAUUAUAUGCAGUUAUAUGGGUACCUCUUUAUCGAAAGCCCCCAAGCUAUAAUAGGGACCUCAACCUGCAGUAGUUCCAUUGCUCACACACUGACUCUUACUGGCUGUUGUGUCUGCUCCUUAGGAGCCAUGUUCAUGUAACAAGGAAGAGAAGGGCGAGCAGAAGCUAGCCUGUAAGAGGUCCAACGUCUCCAUAACCAUGCAGUACUUGGGAGCUGGCUUGUCUAUGGUCAACGAGAUCAUCAACCCAAAAGAUGAGCUGACCAUGUUCCAGCAAGUGUGCGGCGGGGAGAACAUCUGUGUGUACAAGGGAUACCUGACACCAGGAGAGAACUUUGAGUUCAUAUCGAGGCGCCACUACGGCUUCCCGUUCAGCGCCAGCCUGUAUAUUAAUGGCCUAAUAGCAACUCGGAUAAGCUCAUGUUGUGAGUACAGGUACCAUGUUGGAUUCCGGCAAGGCCAAAGGGGUUGCUUCCAAGUCACCCAGAUCAGUGGAGAAAAACCCUGUUACAGGUGUGUCGAGUCCCAUAAUCUCAAAGCAUUGCACCCGAAAGAAGUAAAGGACAACUCAACCGGUGGUUCUUGUAAAGACUCUGGCAAUACUGAGGACAAUGUUUACAGUGAAUCUGCGAGUAACGUGGAGGAGACGCUUGAAGGACACCAACAGUUAAAAGUAUGCAAGAUGAAUAGAAUGAAUGGCAAAUAUUGCCCAGUCGCCCCCAGUUCACGACCCAGUAAUGUUGAGGACAGCAAAGUUCCAGCUCCCAAUCAAAGGAGACGGCUGAAAAAGAAAAGGCCCCCAAAGCAAGAGUCGGAUUCUGAGCAGGAGAACGUUCUACAGGAGAGGAAUCAGGAAUCCAGGAAAGUAAAAUCACUCCGGGCGCAGAGGAAAGAACACCGAAAGAGUAUCAAGACAACUCCCCUGCAGUGCCAACUUGUGGAAAAUAGCAAAGAUAAGGGGGAUAAUGGAGUCACGGUGCCUAGAGUGCCCAAGCAAAAGGCUGUACAUGAACCUACUGCCAGCGGAACAACCCUAUGUGACGUGUUAAAGCCCCUUAGUAAUGAACCCCAUGUACCCCCGAAGCUUCACGAGGAACGCAUGGAAGCCAAAACUGUGGCUUGUGGAGAAUUAAUUAUGCAGCAAACAUAUUGUGGACACAUACGUUCAACAGUGGUAAGGAGUCCGAAAGCAGACAACAUCCCACUAAGUACGGAGGAUAGGCAGGUUCUGGAAGUAAUAUUGGAGCAGGAUAUUCAUGGAAAACUGGCAGCGGCAUUUGCCGAGGAGGAAGGGAUAUGCUCAGAGGUGGAGCUGAGUGACUCCAGCGACAGCAGUGAAAGUCGCAGCCUUGCCGAACUUAAAGCAGAAGGGACGUGUGAAAGCCAAGAGGUUACUAAAUCCUUACCAGAGGCUGCUCAUUCCGACGCCCCACGAGAAUCUCAGGAGGGGGAAAGAUUGUUCGAAUUGCCGGCGACUGAUACUGCUUCUCAAAUCUCAGAAGCACCAGAAGAUGAAGACAGAAAUGCUCUUGUCAAUCAGAUUACGGAUCUGAUUGCUGUGCUUGAGCAUUGUGAUGAGGUGGAGCAGCUUGUGCUCAGAAACACAGGGAUGACGGACCAUUUGCUCCAGUCUCUGGCAGGAGCUUUAAUAAAGAGCGAGUCUGAUGUGCAAACCAUAAACCUGAAUCUAAAUGAUCUGGGCCCGAGGGGAGCAGAAGAUAUUGUCCAUGUUUUGAAGGCAAAACCUACUGUCAAAAGUCUCCUGUUAUAUGGGAACCAUUUAGGAGAUGAAGGAAUCAGGACACUGAUGGAGGGGCUCUCGGCUCUGUAUGGUCCCUACUGCGGCCUGCAAGGAGAAACAGCAGAGCUAUUUCCAGCCGAAUACAACAACCUUACUGAACUGGACAUAGGAGGGAACCACAUCACUGCUGACGGACUGGGAACUGUUGCAGCCUUUUUAAGACUGGACCCUCCACUUAAAAGCCUGGGCUUAGCCCACUGUGCCACUGAUGGCUGGAAGGACUGGGAGGAAGUAUGUGAUGCACUGAGGACCAAUACGAACAUUAACAACAUCUUAUUGGAUGAGAACGACCUUGGGGACAAAGGGGCCCAACUUCUAGCUGAAGCCAUCAGAGUCAACACCAGCCUGAUUACUAUAGAUCUGGAUGGCAACGGUAUUGGAGAUAAAGGGGGAGAAGCACUUGCUCUGAGUAUAAACUGGAGCAGGGCCUGUGCCCUUCAGAAUAUCAGUUUAGAUGAAAAUCCUAUUGGUGAGGAAGCCUUGGACAGGAUCAGAAAAGCCAUCAUUGAGCGACAAAAUGUAGAUGCUUAAUACAGGGUAAUACUUAUACCGAUAUAAUUUUAUGGUAUCUCUCUGUACAGGCUAUGAGCAAACUUCGGGGACUGUUCCUGCUGAAUUGUGCUUAGUACAGGGGAAUACCUAUGCUGCCAGUGUUUUAUGGCAUCUAUCUGUACAGGCUAUGGGCAAAUAUAGGGGGCUGUUCCUACUGAAUUGUGCUUAGUACAGGGGAAUACCUAUGCUGCCAUAAUUUUAUAGUAUCUCUCUGUACAGGCUAUGAGAAAAUUUAGGGGGUGUUCCUGCUGAAUUGUGGUUAGUACAAGGGAAUACCUAUGCUGCCAUAGUUUUUUGUAUUUAUACACAUAGGUGAGAACUGCCAUAUAGUUUCCUUUAGACACGUGGCACCUUCCUACCCAUAUGUAUAAAUAUAGGAAGGAAUGGUCUGUGCUAACAAUACCCUAUUACCCUCAUACUCUACAUGCAAGCUUCUUUUUCUGCACUGGCAUAAUAUAUAUCCCUUUCUGUAAAGCAUCUGCCAGCUAGUAAAAAUACUAUGGAGUAGCACAUUGGUGGUGGCAUUGGGCAAUUAGGCCUAAUAGUGUAGCACUAAGCACUCAUUACUUAUACAUAUAUCUGUUCAGACUGCUUAAAAAGCAAAUUUAGAAUACAAAGAGCUAGCAAUCAGUAAGCAACCAGAGCAUCCAGCAUUAAUGAACCCAAAUGACAGGAACAAUAUAGGUUACAGGCCUUUUCUGCAGCAAAAAGAAGUUCUUCCUCGGUCACCCAACUUCCAUUACAGUCUCACUUUUUUUUUUGCAUUUAGGGGCUAGAAGAAAGGAAGGAAAGAAAGUGUAUGAUAGGAAGAGAAAAAGAAGUGAGCCUGGGGGGGGGGGUCAUUAGCUUUAAACAUUCCAUGUAUGUUUGAUUGGUUCCAGGAUAGUGCAAAUAUUCUUCUUCAGCAUUUUCUACUCUGCAUAUUCUACGGCCACAGAAGAGACAGCUUUUAUUUAUUAAGGGACUUCCUGGUGGUACUGUGUUGGUUCCGAUUUUGGAGCUGGCCAACGCUUUCACCAGUUAGGAAGUCAGAACCAUUAAAGAGAUUGUGCAUCAAUGUACUGUUGCAGAUGGUCCAGUAAGCUGUUGACUUGGUCUGAAGUGGAAAUGUAUAGGCUUUUAUUAGCCUGUAUAUGGCCACCUUAUGGCUUACACUUUGGGUAUCUGAACAGCGCAAGUUUAAUCCCUCUCCCCAGUUCCACUCCUGUAUCCGUGUAACAUAAGUGCUAAAUACCGAUACCCAUGGUAACGGUGUAUAGAUUUUUCAACCACCUUCACUCUGCCUAGUUUAACCCCAUUAAUUGGCAAUGGCAUUAAUUAAUGUCUGGUGUAUUUCUGAUAAAAGGAGACUUACAGUGAAGACUUCAAGGCUCCGCAGUGAAGCUCUGGGAAAGGCUGGCUGGCAAUGCUCUGGAAGAGAUCCAUGGGCUGUAUUGGGAAUGAAUAAAACCAGAUUCUUGCCAUUGCUAAAAUAUCCUCUGUGUGGCAGUCUUCAUGAUAAAGAUUCAUUCUUCCCACACAUUCAUUUAUUUAAGGUUAUAAAUAAAGCAGUAGGGUCCUGCUCACAAUGGCUUACAUUCUAAUUUAUGGGUUAUAUAUGAAACAACAUCUGUGAGCU